CUGUAUCUGAUUCAUCAGGGCAAAGUCUGUCCUAAAGAAUUAGCUGGGUCAGACACAUUCAGAAUCAGAGUCGACAUAGCACCAACGCUACCACAACAACACAAGGAAAAACAGGAGGUAAAGAAGAGAGAGAAGGAAAGAAAGGGAGUGGGAUAUGGAGUCAACAGCAUCAUUAAUAAAGUCUGUGACCAGGCGGGUGUGGUCGUUGGCCCCGGCCCCCCAGAGACCAUUCAGGGUGUGUUCCUAUGACAGGGGCACCAGGAGGGGCGUCACAGCAGCUACCCUGGAGGAGCUGAGAGAGAGGGUGUGUCAGGCCCUGAUGCUGUGCCUGUCCAGUCUGGCUGUGGUGCUAGUGUGUGAGGAGGACGGGACAGUGGUGGACUCUGAAGACUUCCUGAUGUAUCUGCCCGACAACACCGUCCUCAUGGCCCUGGAACCUGGACAGACAUGGAAACCUCCUCCGGGUGCAGUGCUCUCCAAAGCCCAGGACCCUAACCAGCCACGGACAGGAAAAGACAUAGCCCGCGUGACCUUUGACCUGUACCGGCAGAACCCCAAGGACGUGUUUGGCUCCCUGAACGUGAAGGGCACCUUCUCAGGCCGGUACUCCGUCAGCGCUGACUUCCAAUGUCUGGGGCCCAAAAAAGUCCUCAGAGAGGUCCUCCGCAUGGCCUCCACCCUCCUCCAGAUGGCAGGUCACAUGUUGAUCACCUCAGCCAAUCUGAUCAAGCGGAUAAUCGAGGGAGCAGAGUUCUGGCAGCCUCAGAGGGUGGAGGCCGCAGAGUACUGGAACUAAGGCAGUACUGGGACCGACCGCUCUCUAAUGACCAAAUCAUUCCUAACUUGAGUGUAUGUUUAUGAUUGAGUUAUGCAAGGUUGUGAGUUGUGAUCAAACAGGAGGAUAAUUACACAUUGUUUAGAUUUUUUAUAAGGUUAGUUCUAAAAUAGGACUUAUCUUUCUCUAACAAUUCUGAGAAUGUACCACGACGUCCACAAAUGCAAGCAAUUCAUAAAAAAAACUGAGUAUGCAUUA